GUACAAAGUUUGCCUAUGAGACAAGAGCUUAUUCCUGUCACUGACAAGCCACCUACUUUACUCGUAAGGAAACGGGGACCCGUAGAAAAAAAGGCUCUUCACAGUCCAACCUCAUCCACCCUUGAGUCACAAUCUGUGUUUCCUGCUUCUCACAGAUAUCAACAAGGAAGGCACCACAGCAGCAGGGAGAAGAGCGGUGGAAGCCACAUAACAGCAUGCCUUGUGCUGAGACAUACAAGAGCAUUUUCUUAGCUGUGGCAUUCAUGGUAUAUUUGCUGGCUGGGGCACUUGUAUUCCAGGUGCUGGAAAAAGAAGCAGAAGAUACAGCAAAAACUGACACAGAGCGCCAUAGACUGGACUUCUUGAAGAAUUACACAUGCCUCACAAAAGAAGCCUUGGAUCAUCUAGUUCAUGUAAUUACCGAUGCUGUUAAACAAGGCAUUCAUCCUCUAGAAAAUCAAACUAAAAACAGCCACUCCAACUGGGAUAUGAGCAGCUCCUUUUUCUUUGCUGGUACAGUAGUGACUACAAUUGGAUAUGGCACACUUGCACCCAGAACUCCAGGAGGCCAGAUUUUCUGUGUUUUCUAUGCUUUAUUUGGAAUCCCAUUGAAUGUAAUUGUUCUGGGUCAUGUCGGAAAACUUCUUUCAAGAAUGUGCCACAGAUUUGGGCAGUAUUUCUUUAAUAAAGGAAUGAAACCGAAAAAAGCAAAAAUACUGACAAUUAUAUAUUUCUUGGUGACUGGAAUCAUUGUCUUUUUGGGGCUCCCACCACUGCUAUUUACAAAAACAGAAAAGUGGACUUACACAGAAGGUGUUUACUAUGCAUUUAUUUCACUCAGCACCAUUGGAUUCGGGGACUAUGUUGUGGGCUAUGGACCCCAGCACUACAUGCCAUUUCGUGGCUUCCGUGCCUUGGUAUGCCUUUGGAUAAUAUUUGGACUGGCAUGGCUUUCUCUUCUGUUUAACUUACUGAUUUCUCUGCUAGAAGACACAGAGAAAAAAAUAGCCAAAGAUAUCCAGAAGAAAGUAAAAAAUAAAAAGGCUAGUGAGCAUAUAGCAUUGGAGCCCUUAACCAGUUCUCAUUUGUCUGAGAAAGAGGAGAUCAUGGAACCAAGUGACUGCAAUAUUUCUGGGAGAAAAUCAGAAAAGGCAAAUUAUGAAUUAUAAACUCCAGGACUUGGAUAGAAGAAACUGUGCAACUAAUGUGCUGGAGAAAAAACUAUUGUUUUAGUGCAUGGCUGCCAACAUUUCAAGUGCACUGGUGACUGGCCCCUUAUACAGUAUUCUACAUGUCCCCGGAACAGAUUAUAUUAUAAAAAAAUAUUAUGCAAUGACAUCUACAGAGCCAUUGGGCAGGCCACAGGCCAUAUGAAUUCUAUUAAUAAUCACAUGUAGUCUGCAGGCCACCUUUGAAUAAGUAUGUUUUAAUACAUGGUUACAUUGUUUUAGGCUUCAGUAGGAAACUUUGUGUUUAUAAUAGCAUAUAGCAUGGAUACUGGGACUAUGCACGGCAAGCUAAUGGGAUCAGGGCCACCAUCAGGGGGCACUUGGGGGACCGUUGCCGCCUAUAUGUUAAGGAGUCACCGAAGUUGCCAAAGUAGGAGCCACGCCGAAGUAGGAGCUGAAGCCGCCGAAAGGAGCAGAGGAAGAAGAAAGGUAAGUUCCCCAUGGCACUAUUUUUUUAACUUAAUGGAGGGACCCU